AUGGGAGGAGACCCAUCAAACGAUGAUGUCGACGCUCUCCCAUACGACAACCAUGUUAGUCACAGAGACGAACGUGGCUCGAAAGGUCCAGGCCUCAAUGAUAGCGUGAUUAGGCUGCAGCAAGAUCUACCGAUUGGAGUGUCGCCACUUCUCCUUGCUUGGUGGUCCCAGAAUACCCGCAUAGGCUUGUCUCAAGGCGCUCAAGCUACUCUCAAUAUCCACCAGAUUCACAACAGUGUUAAGGACGUAGGCAUAAAGGGCUCCGAAGACCUAUGCUAUGCCACUUUCAUCCAAAUCGAUUGUAUCACGGUUGCAAUGGGCAUCACUCCGAGUACUACAAUCUUGCCCGAGGUGUGGAGCUUUGUCAUAUUGGCGCAACCGCAACGCGUCUCUCGCGAUUUUGGGUGGAAGAAAACAUCCGAUGACAUGAACAGUCAUGGGUAUCAUUGGAAACUAGGCAAAGGUUCCGACGAGAUCCGUGUUCUCUCGGAACCUCCUACCCAUGACUACAACCCCGCAGGAAAAACCGUUCCAGUUCUCUCUGCUUCCUCAAUUCCAGGUCUCAAUACCCUCAACCAAGAGGUCGCCUGUCUACCGUCAGAUCCCUCUCUGAAAUCUCGCGCUCCAGUCACUAGUGAAGACUGCGCACCCAUCAUAACCCAGAUGAAAAACCUAGGCUAUGGGCAGCGUACAUGGGACCUUGGGUACGACUACCAUUGGAAUGACUUCUCGCAAAGCCCGUGCGUGGUGGAGCUAGGAAGCACGGGCUACGGAGUUGAUGUUUUUCACAGGGAUGAUGUUAUUGAUGCAGCGGAGGCUGUGUUGAAUGCUUGCACACAUAGCGAGAGUGUCGAUCAGCAGGGUGAGUUUGUUCCUGGUCAUAGUGAUUGUACUUUCGGGGGAGCGGUUGGGAUAGUGAAUCAGGCGUCGUGGUUUGUAGCGAUUUUCGGCAUCGGGACCGCAGCGGGAGAUGACGAGCAAAGCUCAUCCGGAGACGAUGAGCCGUCCUGA